GAGAGAGAUCGCUUACCAGCUGCAAAGAGAGCCGGCAAGGCGACCCAACCGAUUUUUCCUUUGCAAAGACGCUACAUCUUCUCCAAAGCCAUGAUGGAAGCUCCUGUGUGUCUGAUUGAGAACCGGCCAAAUGGCCUCCAUGUUUCCCCGGAGGCCCUUCAGUUGCUCUCGGAAAUCCAGAAUCCGGUGGUGGUGGUGUCCAUCGUGGGACUGUGCCGCACGGGCAAGUCCUACCUGAUGAACAGGCUGGCUGGUAAAACUACUGGUUUCUCUUUGGGCUCCACCGUGCAAGCAGAAACGAAAGGAAUUUGGAUGUGGUGCGUUCCCUAUCCGGACAGGCCUAAACAAACCCUUGUCCUUCUGGAUACUGAGGGGUUCGGUGACAUAAGAAAGGGCAGUUCUCAGAAUGAUGCCUGGAUCUUUGCUUUGGCCGUGUUGCUGAGCAGCACCCUGGUCUACAACAGUGUGGGGACCAUUGAUCAGACUGCCCUGGACAACCUUCAUUUUGUGACAGAGCUGACUGAACAUAUCAAGGCAAAGGCUUCCUCCAUUCCUGGAGAUACGGUUGACUCCUCUGAAUUUGUUGGCUUCUUUCCAGCCUUUGUCUGGUCAGUGCGAGAUUUUACACUGCAGCUAAAACUGGACAACCAACCCAUCACGGAGGAUGAAUAUCUUGAAGAAGCUCUGAAAUUAAAAACAGAGAACACUGAAAAGGAUCGGAUAUUCAAUCUGCCACGCAAAUGCAUCCGGCUGUUCUUCCCCACCCGGAAGUGUUUCGUCUUUAAAUGCCCUACUAAUAGUAAUAACUUAUCUGACCUGGAAAAGAUUGAGGACAGUGAGCUGGAGCCUGGAUUUGUGGAACAAGCAAAUAUCUUCUGUCGUUACGUCUAUAAGGCUUCCCGAGAGAAGACUCUUCCAGGCGGGCACGUUGUCACUGGCAGCUUGCUGGCAAAGUUGGUUGAGGCCUAUGUGGAUACUAUCUCCAGUGGGAAGGUCCCCUGCCCGGAGAACGCAGUCUUGGCCUUGGCUGAGAUGGAGAACAGGGCAGCUGUGCAGGAAGCUGUUGCUCGCUACACACAAAUGAUGGAACGAAGCUUGAAGCUACCUACUGAUAGUCUCCAGGAACUUCUGGACCAACACAAAAUAUGUGAGGAACAAGCCCUCCAGGUGUUCAUGGAUCGUGCUUUCAAGGAUGAUACACGGCAGUUCCAGACUGAACUCAUGAAAACUCUGGAUAGCAAAAAGGAAGAAUACUGCAGCAAAAAUGAGCUGAAAUCUUCUGAAAUCAGUUCAGCGUUAUUGAUUUCACUCUCUGGGACUCUGGAGCAGAACAUCAAGAACAGAAGCUACGCCCCAGCUGGUGGCCAGCAGGAAUUUCUAAAUGACCUCCAGAAAGUGGAGAAACGAUUCUCGAAGUCACCUAAGAAAGGAAUAAUGGCAGGGAAGAUCUUGAAAGAAUUCCUCCAGAGCAAAGAAGACAUCAGCAAAAUCCUCAUUCAAAGUGACGUGAGCCUUCAAGAGAAGGAGAAGGAAAUAGAAGAAGAAAAAAUGAAGGCCAAAGCCAAAGAACUAGAGGACGAGGUCCAGAAGCAGAAAAUGGAAAUGCUCCAACAGAAGUUGGAGGACCAGAAACAGAGUUAUGAGGUGAACAAACAGAAGCUAAAGGAGAAGUUGGAGGAAGAAAGGAAUCAGAUAAAGGAAGAGUAUGAGAAGAUGAUCCAAAGCAAACUCAGGGAGCAGAAGGCUUUAUCGGAAGAGGGUUUCUGUAAGGAAGCAAACCAACUGGAAAUGGAAAUCUAUCAGCUCAAAACCAAAAAGGAAGAAACCGUGGACACAUCAAACUGGAUCACCUCAGCUUUUGAAAUGCUAAGGGAGGCAUUUAUUGCCAUGAUACCUAAACUUUUAUUCGAACUUCUUUCGCUAGUUUUAAACAGAUUUAAGCCUUUGUAACCCAGAACAGAUACUCUUAUUUCAAGGAAAUUUCUCUCCCAGGAAGUUCCUCUACUUCCUAGAAAGGCCCCAGCUUCGUUCAUGCUACAGUUAUUUUAGAUUCAUUCCGUAGAUUUAAAUUCCUGGCGUGCAACACCAUUCUUGGACCUUAGGGAUUUUUUUUUGUAAAUUUUAUUGGUUUUUAAAGACAAACAAA